AUGGGAGUUGGAUCUCAGGUCGCCUCUUUCUGUCUUCGCAUUGGCGAGGUCAUCUGUGCUGCAAUUGUGGCCGGUAUACUAGGCUAUUAUCUUCACCUCCUGGAUGACGCGAACGCCCACGCAAAUGGCCGUAUUAUAUAUACACAAGUCAUUGCAGGCAUUAGUAUACUUGCUGCUCUUGUCUUUAUGCCUCCAUUGAAAUACUCUUUCUGGGCAUUUCCCCUCGAUUUCGCCCUGUUCAUAUGUUGGAUCGUCUCUUUUGGAUUGUUAGUUGAU